CUGUCACAUCACUAGGCCUGACAGCACUGCCUAAAAGAAAACACUGGGACACAGGAACAACAAAUACAAGCGCUGACGAUUUCGCACCAAUUUGUUAGUGCCACGACUGCCGAUCAGGCUAAUCCCAUCGUCACACCGGUGCAGCCUCCUUAAUGACGACGAUGUUAACGAUCCGUAUUGGCAGCUGGUCAGUGGAUCGAAGCUAAGGGACUAUGCAACGGACAGCGUGCGGUGGCUGCAGCAGUGACUCCCCUAAGCAUAUACUAAUCCAAGGAUAGUGUCCAACUCAACAAGGACCCUCUCAACAUCCAGCCAUGCUGCUGGUACGGCAGCUGUUCGGUGCUUCGCCCAAUUCAUGGGCCAGCGCCCUUAAACUUUUCGUCCUUGCCUGGGUGGCACUGGUGUACGUGUUCGUGGUAAAACUGACGAACACCCAGGGACAGCAGGCGGCCGGCGAGAGCGAGCUAAAUGCCCGAAAGAUCAACCAGGCGCUGCAAAUGCUGGAGCACACACGCCAGCGCAACGAGGAGCUCAAGCAGCUCAUCGACGAGCUGAUGAGCGAUCAACUGGACAAACAGAGUGCCCUAAAGCUCGUCCAGCGGCUAGAAAAUGAUGCCCAAAACACAAAGAACUCGGCGGACGGAAUCGGACCCGAACCGGAGGCAUUGUUUGAGUCGGCGCCCGCGGAUUUGCGAGGGUGGAACAACGUGGCCGAGGCGGCGCCCAACGAUAUUGUGGACGUGGGGGAGCAUGGCGAGAUAGAGCCGAGUCUAGAGUACGAGUUCACCCGCCGUCGCAUCCAGACGAAUAUCGGCGAGAUCUGGAACUUUUUUAGCAGCGAGCUAGGCAAGGUACGCAAGGCGGUGGCCGCCGGGCACAGUAACUCUGAUCUGGAGGAGACCAUCAACCAGGUGCUGUUGCAGGGCGCCGAGCACAAACGGUCGCUCCUGAGCGACAUGGACCGCUUGCGGCGGUCGGAUGGCUAUGAGGCUUGGCGCCACAGAGAGGCCAAAGAGCUCAGCGACCUGGUGCAGCGCCGGUUGCACCAUCUGCAGAAUCCGAAGGACUGCCAAAAUGCCCGCAAGCUGGUCUGCAAGCUAAACAAGGGCUGUGGCUAUGGAUGUCAACUGCAUCACGUAGUCUACUGCUUUAUCGUGGCCUACGCCACUGAAAGGACGCUGAUUCUGAAAUCCCGCGGCUGGCGCUACCACAAAGGCGGCUGGGAGGAAGUUUUCCAGCCGGUCUCCAAUAGCUGUCAUGAUGCGGGCACCGCCAACACGUACAACUGGCCCGGCAAGCCGAACACCCAGGUGCUGGUCCUGCCUAUUAUUGACUCGCUAAUGCCGCGACCCCCGUACCUGCCGCUCGCCGUGCCCGAAGACUUGGCACCGCGUCUGAAGCGCUUACACGGCGACCCAAUUGUCUGGUGGGUCGGCCAGUUCCUCAAAUAUCUGCUCCGUCCGCAGACAACGACGCGGGACUUUCUUACCUCCGGGAUGCGAAACUUGGGAUGGGAACGUCCCAUUGUCGGCGUUCAUGUGCGUCGCACGGACAAGGUUGGCACUGAGGCGGCUUGCCACAGCGUCGAUGAAUAUAUGACCCAUGUGGAGGAUUACUAUCGCACACUGGAGGUGAACGGAACGAGCGUCACGCGUCGCAUCUUUCUCGCCUCGGACGAUGCCCUGGUGAUUGAGGAGGCGCGACGGAAGUAUCCGGAGUACCAGAUCAUUGGCGAUCCAGAGGUGGCACGCAUGGCAUCUGUUUCCACGCGCUACACGGACACAUCGCUGAACGGUAUCAUCCUGGACAUACACCUGCUCUCGAUGUCCGACCACUUGGUGUGCACCUUCUCGUCGCAGGUUUGCCGCGUCGCCUACGAGAUCAUGCAAACGAUGUACCCGGAUGCGGCAAACCGCUUCAAGUCGCUGGACGACAUAUACUACUACGGAGGUCAGAACGCGCACAAUCGCCGCGUCGUCAUCGCCCACAAGCCCCGUUCGCACGAGGAUCUGCAGCUGCGCGUCGGCGACCUUGUUUCCGUGGCCGGAAAUCAUUGGGACGGCAAUUCCAAAGGGAAGAACACGCGCACUAAUCAAGUCGGUCUGUUCCCAUCCUUUAAAGUGGAGGAGAAAGUGGACACCGCCAAGUUACCGCUCUAUCCUGGCGUUUAGUUCGAUAUAUAUAUAUUUAUAUAGAAUGAAAAAGAACCCAGUUGGUCGGUUAGCCCGCCAUGUUGUUGAUUGAAUCUGUGAAUCUAUGAAUCUCUUUAGCCGCAUUCCACCCGGUAUCCUACGCCGCCCGGUGCCCUUCGGUUCAGCAUUUCCAGAAUCUCAACCAGAUAUAUCUCUAGCUCUAUAAUAUGUCUCGAAUAAUUAUCGUAUGUUCCGUUCUUUU